AUGCUCUUCUGGUGGUUCUUUCUACGGCGGACGCAAUUUCGACAAUUUCAAGAAGGCUUCACUUGGAAUUCUUCCGUGAAAGCCAACCAAACAAGCAGCACUUGGAAGAAGAUCUUCGCGUUUGCGGCGAUUCCAUGUCUUGCCCUCACAAUGUAUGCCGCGUAUAAGGACCACGAAAGUCACAUGUCACACGAGCGUCCGGAAUACGUCGCAUACCCAUUCAUGAACGUUAGAAAUAAGCCAUUCCCAUGGGGUGAUGGCAACCACACGUUGUUCCACAAU